AUGGCAGCCUACGCCGCUCUAGUUUCUCUUUUGAAUGAUUUGGAGCUCAUUCCCAAUCAUCCCAUCCAUUCCUUUUCUUUUGACAACAAACAGAUCACUUCCCUUUCACAAACUGUGCAUUUCUUGAUCGAUUUUAUGGAAACCUACGAUUCUCAUGGAUGCACCAGAGAGACUGCUGAAGCUUUGGAGAGACGAAUUGCAUCUGCGGCUCAUGCGGCUCACGAUGUGAUCGAGUCCCAUGUAAUCGAUCAACUUCAUGCUGGAUCCACUCUUGGUGGAAAAGCAACAUUUUGUUUUUUGCCCGAUCUACAAAAAGCAAUUGACGACAUGGAGUUUGUCAAGAGAGAGACGAUCCAGUUUAAAGUGAAAAGUGGAGUGAAAGCGGAGCAGCCCACAUAUUCAGCACCUACUUCAUCAGAAGCUCUGAACUCCGGGAAGAAUCUGAUGGUGGGAUUUAAUGCUGCCCUUGUUGGACUUAUGGAAAUGCUGACCGGAGAUCCUUCCAAUAAGCGAGUGAUCCCAGUGGUGGGUAUGGGCGGGAUGGGUAAGACCACUCUUGCCAGAAACGUUUAUGAGCAUUUACAUAUUCAGCACCAUUUUGAUGUUCGUCUUUGGGCUACAAUAUCUCAUGAUUAUAAGAUAGAAAGUAUUCUUACGGAACUUCUUUUUGGAGAAAGAAGAUCCGCCACUGGUGGAGAUUUUAACAGAUUAGGAGAAGAGUUGCAUAAAAUGUUAUGGGGUAGGAGGUAUUUAAUUGUAUUAGAUGAUAUGUGGGGUGUGGAAGCUUGGGAUGAAAUGCACAUGUUUUUGCCCGAUAAUGGCAAUGGAAGUUGUGUUAUUGUAACAAGCCGGCUAUCAAACUUGGCAGCUCAUCUUAGCUCUUCCCCUUUUACGAUGAACUUUUUAGAUGAUGAUACAAGUUGGGAACUGUUUUGUGCAAAGGUAUUUGGAGAAGAAAAUUGCCCUGCUGAAUUAGAGGAAACUGGAAAAAAGAUAGCGAAAAGAUGCAAAGGACUUCCGCUAUCAAUUGUAGUAAUUGGAGGGCAUCUUAGAAGAUUGUCUAGGGCAAUUGAAUACUGGGAGAAGGUUGCCAAUUUUAUGAACCCAAUUUCGAGUUUAGAGGAGGAUGAGCAAUGCCUGAACAUAAUUAGUUUGAGUUAUGAGCAUCUCCCUGCUUAUCUAAAGCCAUGUUUUCUAUAUAUGGGGAUUUAUCAAGAAGAUGAAAGAUUUGAUGCCUCUAAACUCCUUAGAUUUUGGGUUGCUGAGGGAUUUAUAAAACCAAAUAAAUCUCUAAGUCUGGAAGAGGUUGCUGAAGAUUAUCUUAAUGAUCUGAUUGACAGGAAUCUUAUUUUAGUUCAGGAAAGGAUGUGGAAUGGAAAAGUUGGGUAUUGUAGUGUUCACGAUAUAGUGAGAGAGUUGUGCAUGAAGGUAGGUAAGAAAGAUAAGUUUAUGUGCGUGCUUCAAAAUACCACACAAGCCAUAGGCAUAGAGCUGGAGCGUCACAUUGUGAUUCAGGAGGGGAAGAUUAACCUUGAUAUUGCUGGUGCUCUGCCUCUGGUCCGUUCCAUUAUACACCGUAGAAAGUGGUCAGUUGAUGAAUUGCCGAUUGAGUUGAGGUUACUGAGAGUAUCGGCUAGUGUCAGCAAUUUAUCGGUGCAGAAGGAUGAGGGAUGUUUGACAGGUGCUAUUUCUCAGCAACUUAACUUGCGCUAUCUUGCUUUCUAUUGUGAGAAAGCCACUACUAUGAGCGUGCGCGACAUCUACCUUCCUUCAUCAAUACCCUUGUUCUGGAAUUUGCAAACAUUAACUGUACACAAUUUUGGUGUGCUAAUUAAUGCACCGUGUGGGAUUUGGGAGAUGCCACAGCUUAUGCAUGUUGAGUUCAUUCGAAUUCAUCUUCCUGAUCCUCUUCUGGGAGAAUGCAUUGUAUUGCGAAACCUACACACACUUAUAGGAGUAGUAAAUUUGAGAUUGACAGAAGAGGUUUGCAUAAGAAUGCCCAACAUCAAGGAACUUUCCAUGGAGUAUAACCAUUUCCCCAGUGAUUGUGAAGCAAGCUCAUAUUAUUGCCUCCACAAUCUUGGUCGUUUCAUAAAUCUACAUUCAUUUAAGUGUCAAUUUCGUGGUGAUUCCAAGUGGCGUGAUGUUGUUCUAAGCUUGACAUUCCCAAGUUCAGUUGAGGAGUUGGGGUUGUGGAAUUGUCAUCUUGAGUGGGAAGAAUUGACAAUGAUGAUUAAAUCCUUGGCCCAUCUUGGAUCUUUAGUAGUAUAUAUUAUCAAAGGAAGUGAGUGGAGCCUCGUUGAGGAGGAAUUCCCUCGCCUGAAAAGAUUGACGAUUUAUAGUUGUGAUGAUUUGAUUUCUUGGGAUGCACAGAGCUCCCAUUUUCCGGUCCUUGAGAAUAUUUGCAUUCAGAAAUCACCAAAAUUGAGUGAGAUUCCUUGUGAUAUUGGAGAAAUACCAACACUUAGGCUUAUUCAAUUGAAGAGUUGUAGUGUGUCUGCUGCGGUUUCGGCAAUGAGAAUAAUGGUGGAACAAGAGAGUUUUGGGAAUGAGGAGCUUCAACUUGAAGUUGAUUUUAAUGAAAUGGAACAAGUAGAGAGAUUCCAAAAGAUGGUGAGAGAAGAGGGGCUAAGAAGCAACAAUCUUCGUCUAUCCUACAAACUAGGAAGAAUAAGGCCUUCUCAACUUUGA